GGCGUGUGGUCCCGCCGAGCGCGGAGGGAGCGGGCGCGGGCCCGGGAUGGACCCGGCGGCCGAGCACCGGCAGCAGCUCCGCAGCCUGCGGGACUUCCUGCUGGUCUACAACCGUAUGACCGAGCUCUGCUUCCGCCAUUGUGUCUGCAACCUCAACUACCGGCUGCUCACGGGCCGCGAGGAGUCGUGCCUGGAGAGCUGCGCCGCGAGGCUGGUCCGAGCCAACCACCGCCUGAUGGGCGCCUACGUGGGGCUGAUGCCGGCACUGCUGCAGCGCCGCGCAGCCGAGCAUGAAGCAGCAGCGGGGCCAUCCGGACUCCCGGCCUCCCCUGACCCGGCCCCGGGCCCCGCGGGGUCCUCGCCAGACGCUCCCGUUGCCGGCACAUAGCAGCACCUGGCCACAGCUCUCCCGGACGCGACCGGCACCGCCCCUGCCCUGUAGCAGCAGGAGCAGCUGCAUCCUUGCUGCGCUGGAGCUCCAGGCUGG